AUGCUACUGCCACUGCUGCUGUCCUCGCUGCUGGGCGGGUCCCAGGCUAUGGAUGGGAGAUUCUGGAUACAAGUGCAGGAUUCGGUGAUGGUGCCGGAGGGCCUGUGCAUCUCUGUGCCCUGCUCUUUCUCCUACUCCCAAAAGGACUGGACAGAGUCUACCCCAGCUUAUGGCUACUGGUUCAAAGCAGUGACUGAGACAAGCAAGGGUGCUCCAGUGGCGACAAACCACCAGAAUCGAGAGGUGGAAAUGAGCACCCGGGGCCGAUUCCAGCUCACUGGGGAUCCCGCCAAGGGGAACUGCUCCUUGGUGAUCAGAGACGCGCAGAUGCAGGAUGAGUCAUGGUACUUCUUUCGGGUGGAGAGAGGAAGCUAUGUGAGAUAUAAUUUCAUGAACAAUGGGUUCCUUCUCAAAGUAACAGCCCUGACACAGAAGCCUGAUGUCUACAUCCCCGAGACCCUGGAGCCCGGGCAGCCGGUGACGGUCAUCUGCGUGUUUAACUGGGCCUUUGAGGAAUGUCCACCCCCUUCUUUCUCCUGGACGGGGGCUGCCCUCUCCUCCCAAGGAACCAAACCCACGACCUCCCACUUCUCGGUGCUCAGCUUCACGCCCAGCCCCCAGGACCACGACACUGACCUCACCUGCCACGUGGACUUCUUCAGAAAGGGUGUGAGCGCACAGAGGACCGUCCGACUCCGCGUGGCCUGGGAGGACGCCCCCAGAGACCUUGUUAUCCGCAUUUUCCAUGACAACAUGCCAGCCCUGGAGCCCCAGCCCCAGGGAAAUGUCAUAUAUCUGGAAGUUCAGAAAGGCCAGUUCCUGAGGCUCCUCUGUGCUGCUGACAGCCAGCCCCCUGCCAUGCUGAGCUGGGUCCUGCAGGACAGAGUCCUCUCCUCGUCCCACCCCUGGGGCCCCAGAACCCUGGGGCUGGAGCUGCCUGGGGUGAAGGCCGGGGAUUCAGGGCGCUACACCUGCCGAGCAGAGAACAGGCUUGGCUCCCAGCAGCGAGCCCUGGACCUCUCUGUGCAGUAUCCUCCAGAGAACCUGAGAGUGAUGGUUUCCCAAGCAAACAGGACAGUCCUGGAAAACCUCGGGAAUGGCACAUCCCUCCCGGUCCUGGAGGGCCAAAGCCUGCGCCUGGUCUGUGUCACCCACAGCAGCCCCCCAGCCAGGCUGAGCUGGACCCGGGGGGGACAGACGGUGGGCCCCUCCCAGCCCUCAGACCCUGGGGUCCUGGAACUGCCACGCAUUCAAAUGGAGCACGAAGGAGAGUUCACCUGCCACGCCUGGCACCCGCUGGGCUCCCAGCAUGUCUCUCUCAGCCUCUCCGUGCACUGUGAACCCUCCCCACAGCUGCUGGGCCCCUCCUGUUCCUGGGAGGCUGAGGGUCUGCAUUGCAGCUGCUCCUCCCAAGCCAGCCCGGCCCCCUCUCUGCGCUGGUGGCUUGGGGAGGAGCUGCUGGAGGGGAACAGCAGCCAGGACUCCUUCGAGGUCACCCCCAGCUCAGCCGGGCCCUGGGCCAACGGCUCCCUGAGCCUCCAUGGAGGGCUCAGCUCCGGCCCCAGGCUCAGCUGUGAGGCCUGGAACGUCCAUGGGGCCCAGAGUGGAUCCAUCCUGCAGCUGCCAGAUAAGAAGGGACUCAUCUCAACGGCAUUCUCCAAUGGAGCAUUUCUGGGAAUCGGCAUCACGGCUCUUCUUUUCCUUGGCCUGGCCCUGAUCAUCAUGAAGAUUCUACCGAUGAGACAGACUCAGGCAGAGAACCCGAGGUCCAGGUUCUCCCGGCACAGCACGAUCCUGGAUUACGUCAAUGUGGUCCCGAAGGCCAACCCCCUGGCUCAGAAUCGGAAUCAGAAAGCCACACCAAGCAGUCCUUCUCGGACCCCUCUUCCACCAGGUGCUCCCUCCCCAGAAUCAAAGAAGAACCAGAAAAAGCAGUAUCAGUUGUCCCGUUUCCCAGAACCCAAAUCAUCUACUCAAGCCCCAGAAUCCCAGGAGAGCCAAGAGGAGCUCCAUUAUGCCACGCUCAACUUCCCAGGCGUCAGACCCAGGCCUGAGGCCCAGAUGCCCAAGGGCACCCAGGCAGAUUAUGCAGAAGUCAAGUUCCAGUGA